UCCUGUAACAUUAUUUAAAGUCUAUUUGAAACAUUACUAUUUCUCAUACCGUUUGCAGACUUGAAGGUAACUACUUUCCAACAAAGUCCGGGAACAGCGUACCAUGUCUCCGAUGAUACUAGUCUUCUUGGCGGCAUGCUUUUGGCUGGGGUCGGUUACGCCAACGCCCGUUUUGAACCUAAACAGUGACCAGGCCAUCAGUUUCAAAGCUGGUAAGCCAUUUACUGUCGAAGAACUCAACCGUCCAUUUUCCAGCAUAACGAGAGUAAAUGCAGGAUCUGCAGAAGAAUACUUUCCGUGGGAGAAACAGGAUCCUCGCCUCGUGGAAGGUGACAUUAAGGUAUGGGGAGAAAAAAAUGCCAUCAUAUACACCAGUUAUCGUUGGCCAAAAGCGAUAAUUCCCUAUAUCAUCUCAGACGAAUAUACUACUGAUCAGCGCGAAAUCAUCGCAUUUGCCAUGGGUACCUAUCACAACAAUACGUGCAUCCGUUUUGUUCCACGAACCUGUGAAACCAACUACAUCAGAAUCUAUAAAAGUGGAGGAGGCUGUUAUAGCUACGUAGGCCUCAUUAACCGAGGUGUCCAGGAUGUGAGUCUGGAUGAUGGAUGUCUCGCGUCUUGGGCACCGGGAAUCCCCAUGCACGAGCUAAUGCACGCCGCUGGAUUCUUCCACGAGCAUUCGCGUCCAGAUCGCGAUUCGUAUGUAUCCAUCAAUCUAAACAACGUUUUAGAACAAUACAGACACAAUUUCGAUGCGAAGACGACAGCAGAGGUCACAACCCUAGGACUUGCUUAUGAUUACGGAUCUGUGAUGCAUUACCCAAGGGGAUCUUUUGCUAUUGACAGUACAGUUGAUGUCAUCACGCCACUUAUUGGUACACCCAUCAUAGGACAACGAGCGGGAUUUAGUUCGUUGGAUCUCCAGAAGCUUAACAAAUUGUACAAUUGUAAUGCUUGACCGACUUUGGCUAAACCAGUGUAUGGGCCAGAAAAUCUAUGACUGACAAUGUUCUUUCUAUUGCCACCAUUUUGCACAAUUGGCAGAAACUGUUUCGUCCCUUUUUGUUCCAACAGCAAUUAUCUUUUCAUGCUUUAACCAGUUUCCUAUAUAAGACUGAUCCCAGACAUAUUACUGCAUUGACAGCUACCAAGUAUUGCUAACUUGGUUGUGAAUUGCCUUUUUACUUUCUUCAAAUACACAGUUUUGUUUAGCAUGAAAA